AUCCCGCCCAAACCCUUCUGCCUCCCAGCAUACGUCCAACUUCUUCAACUUCUCCUGCUUCUUCUGGGUCACAAAAACGUCCGGAUUUCCUUGUAUUUUGACCAUCCGCUCCUUCUAUUCGCCGGAUUCUUGUUAUUAAGCACAAGGGUGUAUACAUUAUGUCUGAUGUGCGUGAUACGCGUCGUGCUACUCGCGGACAUGUCCCUUUACCCAGGAAAGGUGGUAAUCAUCGUGGAAGGGGAUCACAUGAAAAUGAUGCUGGUAGUGGUCGUGUCAAUGGUCCACCAAAAUAUAUGUCAGGGAGACUUCGUGGAGGACGUAACCGUCAAAUUAUAACUUUAGGGAAACAAAAACAAGCUGAGAAUAGUCGUGAGGCAUCCCAUGAGAGCCCUAUUAGUAGUGUUGCUGCUUCCAAACAUACUUCAGGGAGACACGUCGUCCAUCAUGGUGGUGGAUUGGAUGGAAGUCCUAUUAGUAGUGAUGUUGCUGCCUCAGGGAGAUACGCUUCCGGGGGUUUAGAUGAGAGCGACGACAAUGAUGGUGCAUACAAUGACAUUGAGGAUAAUAGUGGUGAGAAUGGCGGUGGCGAGGGUGACGCAAUGCGCCCAUCUUGGAACGACUCAUGCAAUAGAGACAUGCCUCGUAACACCUCUGGGAAGAAAUAUACUAAACGUAUUGGGGACAUGGGAUUUGACGAGAGCGACAACGGUGAUGGUGAAUACAACGACACUGAGGAUAAUAGUGGUGAGAAUGACGGUGGUGAGGGUGACGCGGUGCGCCCAUCUUGGAACAACUCGGGCAAUAGAGACAUGCCUCCUAACAACUCUGGGAAGAAAUAUAUUGAACGUAUUGGGGAGACGUUUGCUAGUUAUGAAGUUCAUAGCUCAAUCACUGAUAUACUAUUGGAGCAUCUUGAUGGACCUUGGUCAACGUUCCGAAUGCUCCCGAAGGAUGUAUUGGCUAGUAUGUUUGUUCGUUUUGGGACCAAAUACUGUUGGGACCUGGAGAGUGAAAAAAACAUAUAUGACGCAUUUCGUAACGUUGUUGAGAAUCGGUAUAGAGACACCAUGAGGGACUUGAGAGAAAAAUCUAAAGAGAAAGCCAGAGACGCUGGACAUGUUAUAGGAGACAAGCACAGAUUCGACAUAAUUUAUAAAUAUCCACCAGCUUCGGUCUCUAAGGUAGUAUGGAAGCAAUUGUGUAAGGGUUGGAACACCGACAAAUGGCUAAAAAAGUCAGAGAGCGGGAGAACAAACCGCAAUAGCAAGGGUAGUGGUGAAGGUAUAUCCCGACAUACCGGUGGAUCCAUAGGGUUUGAUGAGCAUCGCAUUCUUUUGGAAAGAAAAUACGGCCGAAAAGUAAAGUGGAUUGAAGUUUAUUUUGAUACCCAUCUCAAAAAGGAAAGCAAAAAGAAGUAUUGGGCCGGAGAGCUGGACAUUAAUAGUCUUGUGGGAUUUGAGUUUAUUUCUGAAAAAUCAAGAGAAAUCUAUUUACGAUACCGAAGUGAUAUGAUCAAGUUGCAUGGGUCGGAUCUCAACCAACAUCCGGAUGAUCUUGAUGUGUGGGCGAGAGUGGCAGGAGAUAAAAAGGCCCGGAUGUUCGGGGUAGGAUCUUCAGAUCCUAAUUUUGUGAUAACUGGGAAAUUGUCUACAUCUACCGAAUCUAAAUUAUAUGUUGAUGCUAUAAGGUCACAAGAGGAGGUCGAAAAAGUCCGAGUUGAAAUGGAAAAGGAACUUGCAAAUGAAAGGGAUGCGAGACAGGAGUUGGAGCAAAAAGUGCAACAGAUGGAAAAAGAAAUGAAAGAAAAUGAAGAAAAGAGGCAAAAACAAUUUGAAGAGUUUAUGAAAAAAUUCCAGCCUCCCGUUAGUCAGUAGCAGUAGUUUUUUAAUUAUCCCGGAUCUUUAUGUUUAACAACGGUGAUUUUGUGAUUGAAACGGGCUCAGAAUUUUUGUUACUUAUUCCGAAUCUUUAUGUUUAACAAUGGAUGGUUUUGUAAUUUAAACGUGCUCCGAAUUUAUGUUAUUUGUUUUUGUUAAA